AUGGACCAAGAUAAGGAAAAAGCAGAGGAGGAGGGGCAACCGCCCAUCAUGAUGGAAGGCAACAGUGGGGAAGAGAACAACCCCCCCACCGAUGAACGCUUCCAAUUCAACGACAGUCUGUGGAAGCGCGUCCGGAAGGAGGAAUCUAAAAAGGGCAUUGUUUACCUGGCAGACGUACCCAUAGGGUUAACUGCAGCCCGGCUACGAGAAAUAUUCAGUCAAUAUGGGUCGGUUAACAGAAUACAUUUAAAUCGAGUGAAGGAUGAAGGAGAAGAAGGGGAAGUCAAAUAUCAGGAUGGGUAUAUAGAGUUUCUUAACAAAAAGGACGCCAUGAAAGCCGUGCGCACUUUGAACAACCAACUGAUUGGAGGAAAGAAAAGGAACAACAUGGUUCGAGAUUCCUUUUGGCACUUAAAAUUUAUAAAGGACAAUUUCCUUUGGAGUGACAUCAUGUCCUCCGCCCUCUAUCGCAGGAUGUCUAGGAAAGACAAAUUCACCCAUGCACUGAAGGACAUGUACAAAGGAUAUGAAGCCUACGUGGAAAAAAACGCAGGCUCCACUCAUGAGAAGGUUAGGCGUGGGGACAGACCACGGAAGAGGGAAAAGGGGGGCUUCUCCCGUGUGAAGAAGCAAAUUUGCCCACUCCGGUUUGUCACGGUGAAGAAGGGGGGGGAGAACGGCGAGGCGAAAGAAGAGGUUCCCCCGGAAGUUUCUCACGAAGAACCCCCGUCCCUGCGUCCCAACAGCAACGCCGUUUCUGCUGACCUGCUCAAGCUGCUCAUGUAG